GAUAACAUUGGCAAGUGCGCCUUCACUGCCAUCCAGGCAUCGCCUUCCUUUGCCAUCUCCUUCCCCGACUUCCUCAAGCCCGGAAUGCGGUGUUUCAUUCCGCAGGCCAUCGACCAGGAUCCCUACUUCCGCCUCUGUCGGCGAGUGGCCGACGACUUGAAGUGGCCGAAGCCUGCGCUGGUCCACUCCAAGUUCCUCCCGGCUCUCCAAGGCCACCAGACCAAGAUGUCCGCCUCGGUGGAGUCCACGGCGCUCUACAUGACGGACACCCCGAAGAAGCUCCGGAAGAAGAUCAACAAGAACGCCUUCUCCGGUGGCGGGAAAACAUUGGAGGAGCAGCAGAAGUAUGGGGCCAACUUGGACGUCGACGUGUCCUACCAGUAUUUGAAGAUCUGGUUGGAAGACGACGAAGAGUUGGAGAAGAUCGGCACGGAGUACGCUGCGGGCCGAAUGCUCACAGGGGAGGUGAAGAAGCGCCUGGCCGACGUUGUUGGCGAGAUCGUCGUCGAGCACCAGGUCAGCUUGGUGCCAACGAACGCCCUGACAAAGUUCAACUUCGAGGUCUCUGCAGAGUACGACCUCUUCAACCAGGGGACGGCAGUAAGGUAUUUCGAGGACCUCUUCUACGAACCCCAAGAGGGCCAGAAGAAGCCGUCCCUCAACGCAACGCAGCUCGAAGAGGUGGAGGCGCUCCGGCAUCAGGCCUAUGCGAACCCAGUGCUGGCGCUGGCAGGGGCGCAGGUCCUCUACAUGUUCGGAUGGUUCCGGAGCACCGGGGAGCUCAUUUGGGAGAACAUCCUCUCUUCUGCAGAGCUCUUUGAGCGUAGCAUCUACGUCAGUGACUGUAAGCCAGAGCACUCCUAUGAAGUCUGGCACGACAAUGCCUGCGACAUCCGCUGGACGCAUGCGAUCUUGCUGUACCACUGGCUGGCCCAGACGGACACCACGUCGCAGCAGCAAGCCUAUCAGAAGAAGGCCCAAGAGCUCCUUGAGGGCAUCAAGCGCGUGCAGAAGUACGAGCCAGUGUCCAGUGGUUGGACCUCGCCGGGGCACGUGAACUUCAACUCCAUCAUCUUCGCGGGGAAGCCCUCGAGACCUAUCUGGGCCACGGCGGAGCUUCCGAUAGGCAAGUGGCUGGAGGAGCACCACCACAUCUUCAAAGCAGAGCUUCAAGCGAUCCUGAACGAGCCAGGAGAUGUGUAUGGUCAGCUUAUGAAGAUCGACCCCUCCCGGGAGCACCUAGCAACGCCGGGGGGCUGGGACACUCUGCGCAUCGUCCGCUACCAUAACUGGUUCGAGGUCUUCUGCCAGCUUGCGCCCAUGACUUGUGAGCUCAUCAAGACGCGUCCGGAGAUCAACGAGUGCAAGUUCAUGAACGUCAACUAU